AUGGUCAAUGUGUAUAGAUCAAUCAGUACUAUGAUCCUAAGAAACUAUUCCCAGGUGAUCCCUGCAAUGAUCAAGACUAUACAACGACUUGUGCUUAUGGAACUUAGUACUGGAUAGUAUUGUGAUGCAGGUAGAUGUUAAAACUAUAAGAAACUAUAUGAAAAGUGUUCUCAUAAGUAUGAAUGCGGGAGAGUGGCUAACUGUCUUUUUAAUAACUCUAAAAGCUACCUUGGAAUCUGUGUGCCAUAUUUCAGUAUCCCUAUUGGGAAAGACUCAUACAAUAAUGUCCUCAAUCAAGUAGGAAUAUUUUCAAGUAAAUACAAAUAUUUUCAAUUGAAUUUAGAUUUCGAUGAUGAUUCUAGGUUACUAUGUCAGACUGGAUAUAUGAAUAAAGAUGGGUAUUGCUCGAGCCCUCCAAUAUCUGUCAAUGCAGGUUAAAAAUGUGAAUUCAAAGAUGACUGUGUUUCUUCUGAGCAAGGAACAUUUGCUAACUGCUCAUGCACAUUUAAUCAAUAAUACCCUAAAUAUUGUGGAAUACUUAAAGGAAAUGAUGAAUGGAGAAGAGAGAUAGAAAUGUUUAAGUAAUAUUGGAAUGCAACUAAAGAUAUUUGCAAUACUGGUGCUAGGUGGCUAGAAUGUGGAGGCUAAUCCUUUGUCUAUAACCAAUGGAUGUGUGCUUAUCAUAAGGCUCUUGGUUAUGUUGACUAUCUUUAUUCAAAAGAUGGAAAUUACACGAAUGGCUUGUCUCAAUGUUUGGAGUAGUAUUUGAAUGAUCUAGCUGAAUUUGAGAACGCAGAAACAUAUUGCCUAUUGGCAGAUUCAUAGAGAAGUGAUGCUUUAAAAUUGUAAUUCGGUAUAAAGCUACUCUUAAGUAUGGUAAUAACUUAUGUAAUGCUUUGA